UUACUUGGGCCCCAACUCAACUGGCCUAGCUCAUCACCUAAGCUCCAGUGCAUCACCAAACCCUAUAUAAAAGCCCGCGCCACCUCCCCUUCCAAACCCAAGCCUCCAUCCAUCCAUCCAUUCAUCAGAGCUCAAGCUCAAGCAAGCAAGCUUGCUAGCUAGCUGCUGAGCAGCAUUCCAGUCUGCUCCAGCUAGCUCAGCUCUCUCUGCUCUGCUCUUUGCUCGAUAACGACCAUCAUCUUCUUCUUCUUCUUCUUCUUCUUCUUCUUCUUCUUCUUGUACAUUCUAUUUGCUCGAUAGAUAGAUAGAUAGAUAGAUAGGUAGAUAGAGAUGGAGACGAAGGCGGCGGCGAUGGCGAUGAGGAAGCCGGGGGACUGGAGCUGCAGGUCGUGCCAGUACGUGAACUUCUGCAAGAGGGAGGCGUGCCAGCGGUGCGGGGAGGCGAAGCUCGGGGUGGAGCGGACGGACUACGCCGCCAUGGGCGGCGGGUGGGAGGUGAAGCCCGGCGACUGGUGCUGCCGCUGCUGCGCCGUCAACAACUACGCCAGCCGCGGCAGCUGCUUCAAGUGCGGCGCCGCCAAGAACGACUCCGCCGCCGCCGUCGCCCAGGGCUGGGGCUUCUCCGUCGCCUCCCAGGCCGGCUGGAAGAACGGCGACUGGAUCUGCCCCAGAAUGGAAUGCAACGUGCAGAACUACGCUAACAGAACCGAGUGCUUCCGGUGCAAUUUCCCCAGAUACUACGUUGAUUGAUCUGACAUAUAUGAUAUAUGCCUUGCACUGAGAAGAAAUGAAAGGGAAAUAAAAUUUACGAGAUCGAAGAUCGACGGACAAGAUUGAUCGGCCACCGGUCAUGCCCUUCAGGGUUUUCUUUUUUCUAUUUUUUUUUAGAAUAACCCUCGAUAACCUGAGGGUUUUUUUUCAUUUGUAAGAGCGGUAACGGUACUAAAAAAACACAAAAACGGCACAAAAUUGUGGCUGAUGACUGAUCAGUCUUCCUCUUUUUUUUCCCAAUAAAAGGCAGAUAAUUAAGAAAGCAAAAAUGCGAGUUGGCCUGUGA